ACGCAGCAGGCAUUCUUUAGCUUCUGUCUGUCAUCCAGUUUGCAACACGCAUUGCUGUUAUAAAAGUCCCUUGUUAAGUAAUUGUGUUUCUCUUGCAUAAGUGUUUGCUUUCAGGAAGCUGUAGCCAAUCAGAGGCUGCAACUCACAGAAAGCAUUCCUAACCACCGUGAUUUCUGAAAAUAAUGCUCUGGUACUGAUCUGCUGGAAGUGCUGGAAAAGCUCUGUAGGUUGGCUCAAGCAGAGGAGACUUCAGUGCCCAUGGUGGCUGAACUACAGCAGUAAGGUGCUGCCAAAGCUCUGUGCUGAGCGGAUCGUCGGUAAAAUGGACUCCAUGCCCAAGCUGAAGAUUUUUGUGAUGUUGCUGUCUCUGGCUACUUUCACAGCCAUGGUGAUACUGAAUGCUGGAAAUGCCACUGGUCUUUUCAAAGGUCUGUUCCGGACAACCCCUGGCAACAUCUCAGAGAAGUACAGCACCGACUUCACACCGGCUGGCUGGACUUUCCUCAUCUGGAAUGUCAUCUAUGCCUGGCAACUGGCGUGGCUCCUGUAUGCGCUGUUGGGGAUCUGCCGGAGAAAUGAACUUGGAUGUGUCUUCAUGAAGCCGGACCUGCUGCCAAUACCUUUUUACAUGGCAUGGAUUCUGAAUAAUGGCCUCAAUGUUGGAUGGCUGUUUCUAUGGGACAGAGAAUACCUACUCCCAGCCCUGCUGUUGUUGGCAGCCCUCACUUUUACCACGGAUGCUGCUCUCUUCAUUUCACACAGAGCCUUGAGUAUCCAUUCCAUGUGGUUCAUGAAGGGCCACCAAGUUGAUCUCUGGCUCAUCCGAAUCCUAGUGCAGAAUGGGCUGGCACUGUAUGCCACAUGGACCACCAUCGCCACUCUGCUGAACUUUGCCGUUGUGUUGAUCUACAAGUGGGAUGUGUCCAAUGAGACAGCAACCACUGCCUCUCUGAGCAUCCUCACCCUCAUGCUUGUCCUGUGGUUUUGUCAGGAGAACUUCUUUCUUGAUAAGUACGUCCGUUAUAACCUCACGAUCUACCCGGUGGUUAUAAUAGCUCUGACUGGCAGCAUGUGCAAGGACUUCUCAGUUUCCUCCCCAACCACCAACGGUGUUUUUAUAGUUGUACUGCUGGCACUGACUUGUUUUAUCUUUGCUGUUCGGCUGGCGUUAGUCAUAAGGAAACACAGUAAUGAACUGCUGGAACCACCAACAUCACCACAGCCAUCAAGCACAGUGGCCUGAGACCUGUGGUAUGGUGAUGUUAUGACAGAAGCUUUAAAGGGAGAAUAGAAGCUGAGCAUCCUGCAACCACUGGUGCCUUCCCUCCAGUAACAAUUGCCUUUUUUUUGCCUUUUUUAAUAUAUAUAUUUUUUCUCUUUUUUAAUAUAUCCUGGAUUAGCACAGCUUUUGCCUGCAAACCUGUCCUCCUCCCCUAUUCUCUGAGCUCAGCUAUUUGCAGCUCCACCUCAAACAUGCAGCCUCCUCUGCUCAUUUUGUUUUGGAUCAAUGGAGGAAGAGGUCCUUUAUAUGAGUAGCUCUGUAUACCUUUGUGAUGACAGAACUGUGAGGAGGGCUGUCAACAGAUGCUUGGCACAGAGUUGCCUCUCACCCUUCCCUGCCCACCACAGGUCCCAGGAGAGGAGGGACGGCUGAAUACUUCUGCCACAGCUGCAGGUCUUUAGCCUAUUUCAGGUUGCUCUAACUCUAGAAACUGACAAUGUGCUCAUGUCUCAGCACACAGUAUUAUCUCUGUCCCUCUGCCUUGUUUUUUCUUCUGACUUUCUUGCUGAAGUUUGUACUGUGUUGGUGCCUCCAUCAGUGGCCCCACCCACUCCUCCUUUCAGACAGGGGAGAUCUAGGUGAUGUGAGAGCAGUGGAUUGCUUUUCCUGAGCUGUGCCCAUUCGGUGGCUGCCUCCUCCAGGAGGAUGCUUUGCAGCCCUUCUGCUGGGAUAUCAGCCAUUCUGACACCACAGUACCUAAUGGAGGGCAAACCCUGCUUCAUAGACCACUUCUUGUUUUCUGAGCUGCACAGAGUGAUUUCAUCCUGGAUCAGUGCUUUGUAAUGUGACUUCACCACCGCGGGCUUGCUUUGGGAAGCCUGACUGAGAACUGACUGGAUUGUCAGACCUCUGCCUCUAUUUGCUGUGCCUGAUAGAUUUGAUGAUGCCUUGCUGGUGUCUGGAAAGUCUUCCUGGAUGCCUGGUGCUUGGAAAUGCUGAAUAUCUUGCAGUACUCUCACAAAGGUGAAUUCUAUUAAAAUACAAUGCUAUUGUUUACAUUUAAUGAAGAACAAAGUCUGUAUUUGAUUCUUGUCAUUCUAUCGUUUCUUAUUUUUAAAUAAAGCAGCUACUGCCAACA